AUGCCCUCUGCGUCAACUUUCUCUGUUCUCGCUCUCUGCCUUUUGCUGGUGACAUUGCGCGCCUGCGCACUCCGCGCGUGCCCCCCCUCCCUCCCACUCUCACCCGCCCCGCACCUGCUGACGCGGCCUCCGCCUCUCCUGCAGUUUACGCCGUCCACACCCUCUUAUCCUUUGCGCUCUCCUAGCUCUUUCUCUCCCCUCCCGACCACCCCCGCACCCCCGCCCCCCGACAUGUCUCUGCAGGACGUGAGCAAGAAGGCCGCCGAGCUCGAGUCGAGGCUGAGCGGCAAGCUGUUCCUUGGCGGCGCGAAGCCGACGGCGGAGGACGUGAAGGCGUUCAACGACCUGCUCGGCGCGAACCACGUGAGCCUGUACCGAUGGGCGAAGAACAUGGCGACGUACACCGAGGGCGAGCGCAAGGCGUGGGGCGCGCCGGUGCGCGUUGCUGCGCCGGAGCUGCGCAUGCCCGCACCUGCGGCGGCGACGGCGGCGGCGGCGGUGUCGGAUGCUGCCGCUGAGAAGAAGGCUGCGCCGAAGGCUGCUGCUGUCGCGCCGCCGCCCGCCGCUGCGGCUGCCGCUGCCGCGGAGGAGGAGGACGACAUCGACCUGUUCGGGGAGACGACGGAGGAGGAGAAGGCAGCGCUGGAGGCGAAGAAGGCCAAUGACGCGGAGAAGAAGAAGGCGAAGAAGGCGGUGAUUGCGAAGUCGUCGAUCCUGUUCGAUGUCAAGGCGUGGGACGACACGAUCGACCUGGAGGCGCUCGCGAAGAAGCUGCACGCGAUCGAGCGCGACGGCCUGAUCUGGGGCGACCACAAGCUGGUGCCCGUUGCGUUUGGCGUGAAGAAGCUGCAGCAGCUCAUCGUCAUUGAGGACGACAAGGUGUCCGGCGACGACCUGGAGGAGAUGAUCAUGGGCUUCGAGGAGGAGGUGCAGUCGAUGGAUAUCGUCGCCUGGAACAAGAUCUGA